UCGUGCAAGCAAGUAGGAAUAAUGAUUGAACUCUGCCAAGAAUGGCUUGAUGAAUUUAUUAAUUAAUUAUUUCCAGCAAGGAUAGAUCGGACGAUAAAAAGCGCGUCUUCGCGUGCGUUUCGAAAGAAAUUUUAAUUCUAUAUUCUACGUUUCAUUUUUUCGAAAAACGGAUAAUAAUUAAUGACGACUAAUAAGAAAAGAUUCUAGUAUUCUUUUGUGUUCUAUUCCAUCUUUCUGAAGUUCGAAGUAGAGAUUUUAUUGUCGUUAGAUGGCAGCAUGUCGUUACAUCUUAAAUUAUAGCCGGAGAAUUUAUAGGUUAGCAUAGCGACUACGUCAGUAAAAAUUUCGUCAUUCGUGAGGAUUCUUUCUUCGUAAUGAAACAGAAGGAAACCAUCUGUUGCAGUAAUCAGAGAAUCCGUCAGAGAAAUUCAGUGUUGUCAGUUGGUGCAAAUAUGAUGGUGACGAAAUAAAAAUGUGGACGGAGAAUGGAAAUUACGAAUUAGCGAAUUGGAAAGAAGAGAGAUCGUUGAGGGAAGGAUGAUGCUGUUCCAAAUUAUCUUAAAUUAUUUUGAAAUUUCUGAAUUGUCAAAAUUGAAAAACGAAAAUAUGACUUUUGUGACUUGACAAAGAACAAUUGUAGAAUUCUUUUCUCGUCAAAAUCGAAAUAGGCUUCGAUGCUCGUCAAAAUAUAAUUUAACCUCGCAUAUCAAGUAUCGGUUAAUUAAUCGAGGUCUCGUGAUGCUGGUCUUGUGCAACGUUCACGCCAGUCUUGAACAUGAAAUUCCAAGGAGGAGCUUCCUGUCACGAAGAGCCAUCGAUGGGACAAGGGGGAGGAAAUACUUCGAUCCGGAAGAAGAGGGCGCGUUCGACAGCUUUGGAUCCGCUGGCGGCCAGUACAAUCCUUAUCAGGAGAAAACAGAUUUGUCAGAUAUCAGGAGGAACGUGCCAGGGGAGCCAGGCAUCGAUUAUCCGGCAUACACGACGCUUCCUCAGACGGGAUUCACGUGCGAGGGACGGUCACGAGGUUACUACGCGGACGAGGUAGCGGGAUGCCAAGUGUUCCACGUGUGCCACGACGUGUUGGUCUCCUCGUUCCUGUGCCCCAUAGGCUCGAUAUUCAGUCAAAAGCUGCUCACCUGCGACUGGUGGACCAAGGUGGACUGCUCCUCGAGCGGGAAAUACGUGGACGUGAACCGGGACAGUUACCAGCAGGACGACGACGAGAUGAUACGCAACGCCUACGCGAUGAUAAGCCUUCGAUCGGGCACCGACGUGACCAGGGACGGCCUGGUCGACCCCGAUCGAACCGCCAGCAUCGUCGACUACCACAACAUACCCGACUACUCCCCCCCCUCCUCCUCCUCCUCCGUCGACGCCCCGUCGGCGAACGAUCUCAGCUUCGAGGACCAUCCUCGCAGACCCCCAUCCUCCCCUCGAGACUUCCUGCUCCCCUAUCGCCGCGUCAAGGAAAUGGAUCGUGAGAAAUUCCAUCCUUCCGGCCAGCAGAGGUCCUCUUACGAGGACUCGCCCGUCAUUCGCGUCCAGAAGAUCGGCGACCCAGGCUACGAGGGGAGGCGCAAAGGAGUCCAAGAGGCGAGCCACCGAAGGGGCGGCAAGGACGCACACUUCCAACCCUCUUACGCGCCCACCGUGCCCACCGUCACCACCACCACCAGAAGAUUCUACUCCCCCACCGUGCCCACCACCUUCAGACCGUCCACCCUGGCCUACAACAGCCUCCUCGACCAGGCGAUAGACAGCUCGGAUUACUAUUUCUCAGGGGGCAAGGGCUUCGUCACCCCGCCGCCUGUGAGGCUCCCGUCGAGGAAAGGGGAGGAGGACUACGGGGGCAGUUACGAGGAGGAGGAUGGGCGGUUCCGGGUGAGGGUGGUCGACGUGGAUCGGAACGGAACGGCGGCGUACGGGUUCGAGGAGGACUUCGAGACGAGGGGCAGCAUAGGUCUGGGCCAGGCGUUGCGGCAAUCGUUGCGAGGGAUCCAAGAGGAAGCGGCGAAGGGGAGUUUCCUGGCCGGCAAGGAGGAGGAUGCGAAGGGGGGGACGAGCGAGGCGCCGUCGACCAUCGAUACCCCGCCGCUGGUCGUCGAGAGCGCAGCCAAGGCAACGACCACCGUGACCAGCCUCCUCGAACCUUCCGACCUUCCCUCAACGGCCGUUACGGAAUUCUCGAAUGAGUUCCCUCCUCGAGGAGGCAAGUUCCAGAUAAGGGUCCCGGACUCCUCCACCUCCCUCGAACCCGAAUCUUACCCCAGUCUUACCACGCAACCGUUCACUUUGGGCGAGGAGCACGAACGGCCCACUACCGCUCUGCCCUCCGUGGCGCCCCCUCAUCGCCUCAACUCGGACGAGACGCCCUCUCUCGGUCGAACCGAGUCGGCCAAAACCACGAUUACGAGCGAGGAGGCCUCGAGCAACGCCACUCUGGCGAAGAUCCGUUGGAAGAGUGGGGAUAAUAAUAAGAACGACUCGCCGUACCAGGUCACUGUGACGAUGAACAAGCGCGAGCAACUGGUCCCCGUGGACGGGGAUUGGGGGGGAGCAGGGGGGCGCGAGCUGGAGAUAAGAGAAUCGGUGGAGCCGCCCCGCUCGACCACCGAGUCGAGCGAGGAGGGGAGCAAGAUAAGCCUCCGCCGAUUGAUGUCCGAGCUGUUGAAGCUGGACCGAGUCCCUCGACCCUUCUCCUCCUCCUCUCCGACCGAGGAGGAGACCGGCGACGCGGAAUUGAGAGCAAGGAUCCUCUACGACAUCCUCGCCGCCACGACGAGGCAUGCCGUCUCGAAAGAAGGCUGGAGCCCUCGGUCGAGGGGGAUUCUCGACCGGUUGAAUUUCGGGGGGGAGGCGUUGGAUCUUCCAGGGGAGGAGAGGGCGGUCGAUUUUGGGGGAGGAAGCGUCGAGGAGGAGGCCACGACGCCGUCCUCCUCCACGACGACGAAGGUGGAGGACGAGGGGAGGACGGUGGUGAGGACGGAGUUCGUGCCGUCGUUAGGGUUCUCGUUGGACACCGACGAGGGAAGGGAGGAGUACGUGGAGGCAGUUUUGGGGGGAUUGAUCGAGCCACGCGCUGCAGGGAGCGAGAAGGGGGAGGCGAUUUUGGAGAGGAAGAACGGAACCUUGGAGGGGAAGGUGUAAAAAAUCUGUGAUGCGAUGCAUGCUUUUUCUCUUUUCCUUUUUCAUCAUCCUUUUUUCAGCCUCGAUCCGAAAGCGAUUUUAUCGAGGGAAACGAUGAAUUGAUGAAAGAGAUUCGAAUGGAAUGAAUUUUCGAGUCUCUCUCUUUCUCGUUUGUAAUUAAAGAAACUAACGCUACGUAGGGUAUAGAGUAUAAAUUACACGUAAUGUUUCUUUAAGGCCUCGGGACGAGUAAAUAUUACAGAAAUAUCGUGAUCGAUAAUUAAUGAUUAAAAUCGGAUGUCGCUCGUUGAAACUUUGUCGUUAUUAGAUCAGAUGCGUCCGAUGAAUGUUAGCAAUAAGCGCGCUAGAAGCAAUUGUAAUCAAACUGUGUAACUUUAUGUAACGUCGACAUAAAACAUAAAAAUACACACACAUAUUUGACGAUUUUUAAA